ACUCGAUGGUUUUCGGCACCGCGCCGGCCGCUCUAGCCAACUGGCUUUCACUCUGGUUACCGGCUCUGUUCCGGCAGCACUGUGGGCUCAGGUUCCUAGACGCUCUCUGCACGUGGAGAGGCGCGGGCAUCCCGCGACCUCACCCCACCCCACUCGCAUGUUUGAGGAGCCGGAUUGGGCCGUGGAGGCCCCAUUAGCCGCGGGCCUCGGGCCUGUAGCCUCCCGGUCUCGGCCCGCGGCAGCCUCGCAAAUUAAGGUGAGUGGUCUCCCAGGGCACUGGGAGCUGUUUAAGGCCCUGAAGCGGAUCCUGGUGGAUCUCAGCGCUGGCAACGCCGCGCCCACUGCCUGUGUGGGUUUGGGUGUGGGUGUGUUCGCGCGCGCGCCUGCGGCCGACUGAGAUCGAAGACGUGAGAACUUCCAAAAGAAAAUGACAUUGGAACUGAGAUUUGGUCUCAUUCAUUCUCCUCGGCCCUGCUUCCAUCCCUUCUUUUCCCCCCAGGGCUCCAAGCGCCGCCGGCUCUUGGCCACACUACGGGCCCUAGAGGCAGCAUCUCUUUCCCAACAACUCUCCGGCCUUCCUGGCAGUGACUCUGAGGAGGAGGAGGUGGUGGGGAAAAAAAAGAAACGCCCGAAAAAGGCCUCAUUUGCCAGUAUUUCUACUGAAGUGGAGAAGAAAAGGAAAAAGCAGCAUCCAAAACAGGGCCAACCUAUCAUUGACUCUGAGGAAAAGGAAGUAGAAAAGAAGUGCCAUAAAGGGGCUUUUCUUGGCAGUGACUCUGCUGCAGAAGAGAAAAGAAGGGGGACAUGCCAGAAGCAGGCCCCUUCAAACCUUGCCCAGCACCUGGACAGUGUUCACCAAACAGGUCCCAAAGCUUUGAAAAGUAAUGCUACAGAUGACCCACGCAAGCCAUGCCCUGUGACCACUUCUUCCCAACUCCCCAAUACCUUGAGUCGCAAGCAGUGGCGGAACCGGCAGAAGAACAAGCGUAGACACAAGAACAAAUUUCGGCCACCUCAGCCAUCAGACCCAGCUCUAGCCACAGCCCCCACAGAGGAGACAGAGGUGCCUCCUGCCCCCACUCAAGACAGCCUUGAGGCUCGGGCAGGAGCUCUGCGAGCCCGCAUGGCACAGCGGCUGGAUGGUGCUCGAUUUCGCUACCUCAAUGAACAGCUGUAUUCAGGGCCCAGCAGCGCUGCACAACGCCUUUUCCAGGAAGAUCCCGAGGCCUUUCUCCUUUACCACCGCGGCUUCCAGAGCCAAGUCAAGAAGUGGCCACUACAGCCGGUGGACCGCAUCGCCAAGGACCUUCGCCAGCGGCCUGCGACCCUGGUGGUAGCUGACUUUGGCUGUGGGGACUGCCGCCUGGCUUCAAGUAUCCGGAACCCUGUGCACUGCUUUGACUUGGUCUCUCUGGACCCCAGGGUCACUGUGUGUGACAUGGCCCAGGUACCUCUGGAGGAUGAGUCUGUAGAUGUAGCUGUGUUCUGCCUUUCGCUGAUGGGAACAAACAUCAGGGACUUCUUAGAGGAGGCAAAUCGAGUGCUGAAGCCAGGGGGUCUCCUGAAAGUGGCUGAAGUUAGCAGUCGUUUUGAAGAUGUUCGGACCUUUCUGGGAGCCGUAACCAAACUUGGCUUCAAGGUCAUUUCCAAGGACUUGACCAACAGCCACUUCUUCUUGUUUGAUUUUGAAAAGACCGGGCCUCCUCGGGUAGGGCGCAAGGCUCAACUCUCAGGCCUGAAGCUUCAGCCAUGUCUCUAUAAGCGCAGGUGACCUCUGGACACCUCCUGAAAGGGGAAGCAAGUCUCGAACUCCAUACUCAGAACUCUGAAGACUGUAACCAGCCAGUCAGUGACCCAGGACUGGUACCACCCUUCCUCUGUCCCAAGAACAAAGUUGGAUGAAACCCCUGGCUCAGCCUUGCUUUAAUGGAGGCUUCUUGGUUGCAAGAAGCAUAAAAUCACUCAGGUUGGCUAAAGAAUAUGGAGUUUAUUGUGAGAACACAAAUAUCUGGAAACUAUGGACUCCCUAGGUAUCAUGGAAACUAGAUAGAUGGCUUGGAAUUCAAGGCAUCUCUGGGUUUGACUCCUUUUUCUCUCUCUGAGGAGCCCCAUGGGCUUUCUGUCCUGGCAUCUCCAUUCUCCUCUCUUCUGAUCUUCUGUCUGCAGACCAGCUUCCUAUUACUCAUAGCUGCUGCUCCUUUAGCUUUGGUCUGCUCAGGCCUUCAAGGCCUCAGACAGGCAGGCAUUGCUUCUUGGUCCUGGGACAACUGGUAGUCCACCAACAUACUGGUUAAGACAUCAAUCUGGGCUUCUGGGUCAGGACUGUUUGAUUGUGUCUGUACUAAGCACUUUUCUCCCCUCUAUCUUUAUCUCCAUCUUUGGAGCUACAUGACCUAGUAUCUGUUGUCCUGUGGGGCCCUGGUAUGUGUCUGGCUGAGGACAGAUUUUAGAAUCAGGUAUAGACCUGGGUUCAAAUUCUGGCCUGCCAUUUAUUGCUGACAGUCAUUUAAUUUUUGAAUGUCACAUUCCUCAUUUGGAAAAUGGUAGAAUUUCUGUCUAAUGGGAUUGUUGUAUGGGUCAACUGAGGAAACCUAUAUACAGGGCCGGGUACCGAGGAGAUGCUCAAUAAACUGUAGAUGUAGCUGUGUGUGUUGUAAGCCUCAUUGUUCUCUAA